AUGGCGGCGCCGAUCGACUACCGCCUCAUGGCCAACACGGUCCUGCACAAGCUCAUGGGCCAGCGCAGACGGAGCGCGCUCGCGGCCUUUCCCGCGCUCGAGCUCACGCGCGGCAGCGACCGCUGGCCGCUGCGCACAGGGUACAUUGGGUCGUUCGCGGGCGACGACAUGCUCCUGACGCUGCACGACGCCCACGUCGCUGGCCGCCACGCCAAAGUCACGUGCCACAAGGACGCGUACUUUGUCGAGCCCGUCGCUCAGCACUCGACGUACCUCCAGAUUGCAGCGCGGGGCACCCGCCGCGCAGGGUACCCGCUCCAAGAAGGCGACGUCAUCGAGCUCAGCGAGCUCUUUAUCAUCACCGUGCUCGAGAUUCAGGUGACGACGGCGACGGCAACCACGGUCGUGCCGCCGCCGCGAGCGGCCAAGGUGCAGUUUAGUCACGUGACGCUUGACACCAAGCCGCCGCAGCUCGUGUCGCUCUCGCCGCCGCUGAAGCUCCAGAAAACGAGUCGCGUUGCAUCUCCCAAGCUGCUCGUGCUCCAGCUACAGCGCAAGCCCGAGGCCUUCCGCGUCGCUGCCCACUCGCUGCGCUCGAUCGAACCGGUGCAAGUUGCCACGUUCACCGACCAUGCGUCCGUGCUCAUCGGUAGCCUCCCGGGCUGCGACCUGUACGCGCCGGAGCUAUGCCCCAUCCACGCCAAAAUCGAGUUUGCAGAGGGCGACUAUGUGCUCUCGGACGUGGCCCACGGCACGCGGGUCUUUCUGCGCCACCCAGCGCAGAUCGUGAUCGGCGAUCAGCUCGUCCUCGGCGAGACGACGCUGACGGUGGAAGAGGCGCCGUCGCCGCCGGUGCCAACGGCCGGCCUCGCGAUAGCGCACCUGCGCAACUCGGUGCGUCGCAAGCGCAAGGUGCACACACCGCUGCACUUGGCGCUCCCCCGCGACAAGACAGUCCACGUUGGUCGAGCAACCGGUUGA